GGACCCGGGGGGAGGUUCUCCGUCUCACUCGUGUCCUAAGAAGAACCUCAGCUCAACAGUUUGGGGAGAAAACAGAUCAAAGCACACUCUUUAAGAUGAGUAGAAUUAGACGAUAUAUUUAAUCUUCUGGAAUAAUCUGCUGCCUAUUGUCUUUUCCUGAAGCUCUCUGCAGAGACUGAAAGGGCACAGCUUUGCAGAGGUUUGCAAAUUCAGGGCUAACACACCCUGAGUCUCACAAGAACACUUGCUGCAUAGUUCUGAACAGAUGGAGUUAGCCAGUGCUUCCCAGGAGUAUGGCAGCUAACACCAUCCUUCCUGAAUGGCCAGUUCCAGUGCAGCCUCGUGCAAGAACCCUAAUAUGAGCUUCCCUUAAAGGCUAAGGUACCUGCCAAGAUGUUCCAGUUACAGGGCCCACAAGUGCUGCAGAUGCUAGAGAAAUCCUUGAGGAAUUUCCUCCCUGAGUCCUUAAAGGUUUAUGGGACUGUCUUUCACAUGAUCCAGGGAAACUCAUUCAACCUAAAAGCUCUGGUGGACAAGUGGCCUGAUUUUAAUACAGUGGUGGUCCGCCCUCAGGAGGAGGAGAUGAGAGAUGACUUUGAUCACUACACUAACACCUACCAAAUCUAUUCUAAGAACCCCCAAAACUGUCAAGAAUUCCUUGGCAGGUCAGAUGUCAUCAACUGGAAACAACAUUUACAGAUCCAAAGUACACAGUCCAGCCUGAAUGAGGCAGUACAAAAUCUCGCAGUUAUUAAUCGGGUCCAGGUCAAGCCAGUACAAUGCAUCCUCUAUUUGGAAUCCAAGAUAGCAAGAAGACUGAUCCCUUCCCUGCCACAGACAAACAAUUUACCUCUGAAAGAUGGAAAACUCAAAACUCUCAAUGAAGACAUGUUUAGCUUCUCAUCUCUCAGUGUAACCCAUGCUGCCCUGGUGAAUAAGUUCUGGCAUUUUGGUGGCAAUGAGAAGAGUCAGAGGUUCAUUGAACACUGUAUCCAGACCUUCCCCACCUUAUGUCUGCUGGGGCCUGAUGGGAACCCUGUGUGCUGGGGUGUCAUGGACCAGACAGGAGAGAUGCGGAUGGGAGCCACUGUCCCUGAGUACCGAGGCCAGGGUCUCAUAUUACAUAUCAUGUUUGCCUAUUUUCAGGCUAUGGAAAAACUUGGCUUUCCCGUAUAUUUCCAUACAGACAGAGCCAACAAUACCAUACAGAAAGCCAGUAAAAAUCUUCCCUGCAUCCCCAUGCCUUGUGACUGGAACCAGUGGAAAUGUGUGCCUCUGUGAAGCAGCCCUGAACAUAAGACAGUGUUGGGUGGGCUGGUAAUAUAAUAAGAGGAACAUAAGGGUAGAAGGAAAAAAAUGAUGACCUUCAUUAAAAUAGUUCAUUUUAUUUGGGCUCUUGGGAAGUAGUUUGUAUUGUCAACAUUACUGACACUGCCCCUGUUCACAAAUCACUAAUGGAUUUCCCUUUGGGUCCAGCAGAUUUGGCACGUGCCGACCUGGCAUGUGUAGACCUUCCUGUAGUGAGCCCUGGUCUUUUCCUCUUUCCUACACUUCUGGAUCUCAGUGGUACUCUUUAUUCAGCUUCAUGCUGCCCUAAUGCUUCUCUGGAACUCUUAUGUCACAUAUGGUUUGUUGUCAAUAGGCAUAUUUUACCUGUUUUGUAAGAUGUAGUAUUGUAGGUAGUAUAAUUUAUACCAUCUCUUUUCAUUGUCCUCUGGUUUUCUCAUCUCAGUUCUGUUGAGUAAUAAUUGACAAAGUUGUAGUAUAUAUGUGUGUAUAUAUAGUGUGCAAUGUGAUAAUUUGAUUUACAUAUAUAUUGUGAAAGGAUUCCCACAAUCAAGUUAAUUAACACACCUGCCACCUAACAUACUUAUUUUUUAAACAU